GUGGUGAAUUACGCCUUGAGUGUCCCUAGCAACCAUUGUGACACUGUGAAUAGUAGGCCUACCUCUAGUGGAAUACAAUUCAGCCAGAGCCAACAUGCAGAAAGGUUAGUCUGACUGUUAAGAGUUAGAUACUUUCCCAUACUGUAAUACAAAUGCCACAACACAAGAGGAAAAAGUGCAGCUGAAAACACACAUUGUGUAUUUCUUGUUAUCUGUCAUAUGGAUAGACCUUAGACAUGCGUUUCUGGUCCCACAGGUCCUGUUCGCGGAGCUCAGUCACUUCUACUACCAGCCAAGAUGACAUUGAUGCCAUGAGACACAAGCUGAACAUCACUCACAUAGACGACAUUGUGGCCCACCUCAAGUAAGUGACUAAUUGCAUCAGAGCAACUGUUCCAAAACUUACCAAGUAGAGAUUUUUAGGCAAUGAUCCCUAUAAAAUGCAACCGAUUUGAAAUGAGUAUUGCGAUAGACAGUAGUAGUUUUAGUAUGUCUGCCGUCAAUGCAUUGCAGAUUCUAUGACUUCAAGAUCUUAGUCUGUGUCCUGCAGAGUCCCAGACAGGAAAGACCAUGAGCUAUGGGGUGAAUGUGAGCCACAGUCAGAGAAGUGCUGUAAUGAAAUGAAUACAGCUGUGGGACUGUGGGAAAGGGACCCCCUUCUCCUCCUCCUCAGACAUUCCUCUGUGCAGUCAUAUUUCUCUUCAGACUUCUGUCACUCUGGCCCACUCUAAAUCUGCCUGUUUGGACAGACCAGAAAUGUCCUCGUCAUUGUACACACAUGGAGUUACAGUAAAGACAAAGGGGCUAGCUAUACGAUAGGAGUACUGGCCAGCUUCCAUCUACCCCGCUGUAUCUCUUUUUUACCUUCCUCUGUUCUCGUUCCCUCUAUCAUAGUGGAUUCCUAUCCUGUCCUGGACAGUCCCUGGUCUCUCGCUCCUGGUCAUCGUUCCCCUCUCCCCUCUCCUUUUCCCAUGUCUGGCUCCCCUCUCUCCUGCCUGUGUCCUCCACCCUGGUUCCCCUCUCCUGCCUGUGUCCUCCACCCUGGUUCCCCUCUCCUGCCUGUGUCCUCCACCCUGGUUCCCCUCUCCUGCCUGUGUCCUCCACCCUGGUUCCCCUCUCCCUUUCCCCUGGCUUCGUGGCAGCCAGAGCCAGGCAUCUGGAGCUCCCCUACCCACCUGGGCCUGUAGGGGAAUGCAAACACUACCUUGGAGGGGAGCUGGGGGAGAGGAGGGGGUGGAGGGUGGGGGACAGCCAGCCCUCUCCUCUCUCCAUCCCCUCACAGAACAAAACAACCCAUUGUAAGAAAGUGAAUACCAGAUCUCAGCAUGCAGAAGAUUCCUUUGCUUCUAAAAAAGAAAGAAGUGAAUUAAGUCUACAAUAGUUACAUAACUGAGAAAGAGAAAUAGGCCACUGCUCCCUCAAUACCAUAAGAAAAGUCUUAAAGUGGAUGUGGAUGUAGUGGUCCCUAUGUGGACUAUAACAUACUAUUGUGCAGACUCAGUCUCUGCUUUUGGCUGUCUGUUUAGGAUUCAAGGUCGUAUUCGGUGAAAACAGGCGGCUGAGUUCCUGGAAAGCUGCACCUUGAUAGCAUGCUAAGUUAGAAUAAAUACAUUUGAAUUGUUUUUUGUUUAACGCUAUUCACUUUUCUUUAGUUUAUUAGUGUAUAAAUUCUAAUUUAUGAACGGUCAUUAAAUGCUAUGGUUUUAGAGUUUGACUAACAGUUGUGUUCUCUCUUCACUACCAGAUCAGUCCUGUCAGAAGAAUGUGAGGUGCUGAAAAGCCAAGUUCAGUUUCUGCAGGUAAGAUUCGGUUUGAUUCCAGUCAAUACCAGAUAGGUUGCUAUUUUGGAAAAUCACACUUUUUUGUUCCAAUUUAAAUAUAGUCUGUGCUCUGAGAAAAUGUACUGCAUGUGCAGUAGUCUAUGUGCUUGCACUGAGAUACAGGGUAUGCUGUACCCAAGGGUCUGAGUAAUAGCCAAGGCCAUGAAAAUGAGAUAGCCAGACUAUAAUAUGUAUUUGUAUUUAUUAUGGAUCCCGAUUAGCUGCUGCCAAGGUAGCAGCUACUCUUCCUGGGGUCCAGUAGAAUUAAGGCAGUUUAUACAAUUUUAAAAACAUUACAAUACAUUCACAACAGAUUUCACAACAUAUUAUGUGUGUGCCCUCAGGCCACUACUCUACUACCACAUAUCUACAAAACAAAAUCCAUGUGUACGUGUCUGUAGAGCGCGUACAGUGCCUUGGAAAAGUAUUCAUCCCCCUUGGCGUUUUUCCUAUUUUGUUGCCUACAACCUGUAAUUUAAAUGGAUUUUUAUUUGGAUUUCAUGUAAUGGACAUACACAAAAUAGUCCAAAUUGGUGAAGUGAAAUGAAAAAAAUAACUUGUUUCAAAAAAUGCUAAAAAAUAAAUAACGGAAAAGAGGUGCGUGCAUGUGUAUUCACCACCUUUGCUAUGAAGCCCCUAAAUAAGAGCUGGUGCAAUCAAUUACCUUCAGAAGUCACAUUAUUAGUUAAAUAAAGUCCACCUGUGUGCAAUCUAAGUGUCACAUGAUCUGUCACAUGAUCUCAGUAUAUAUAUACACCUGUUCUGAAAGGCCCCAGUCUGCAACACCACUAAGCAAGGGGCACCACCAAGCAAGCGGCACCAUGAAGACCAAGAAGCUCUCCAAACAGGUCAGGGACAAAGUUGUGGAGAAGUACAGAUCUUUUAACAUACCACAGAGCACCAUUAAAUCCAUUAUUAAAAAAUGGAAAGAAUAUGGCACCACAACAGAGAGGGCCGCCCACCAAAACUCACGGACCAGGCAAGGAGGGCAUUAAUCAGAGAGGCAACAAAGAGACCAAAGAUAACCCUGAAGGAGCUGCAAAGCUCCACAGCGGAGAUUGGAGUAUCUGUCCAUAGGACCACUUUAAGCCAUACACUCCACAGAGCUGGGCUUUACGGAAGAGUGGCCAGAAAAAAGCCAUUGCUUAAAGAAAAAAAUGAGCAAACACGUUUGGUGUUCACCAAAAGGCAUGUGGGAGACUCCCUAAAGAAGGUACUCUGGUCAGAUGAGAUUAAAGUUGAGGUUUUUAGUCAUCAUGGAAAGCGCUAUGUCUGGCGCAAACCCAACACCUCUCAUCACCCCGAGAACACCAUCCCAACAGUGAAGCAUGGUGGUGGCAGCAUCAUGCUGUGGGGAUGUUUUUCAUCGGCAGGGACUGGGAAACUGGUUUGAAUUGAAGGAAUGAUGGAUGGCGCUAAAUACAGGGAAAUUCUUGAGGGAAACCUGUUUCAGUCUUCCAGAGAUUUGAGACUGGGACGGAGGUUCACCUUUCAGCAAGACAAUGACCCUAAGCAUACUGCUAAAGCAACACUUGAGUGGUUUAAGGGGAAACAUUUAAAUGUCUUGGAAUGGCCUAGUCAAAGCCCAGACCUCAAUCCAAUUGAGAAUCUGUGGUAUGACUUAAAGAUUGCUGUACACCAGCGGAACCCAUCCAACUUGAAGGAGCUGGAGCAGUUUUGCCUUGAAGAAUGGUCAAAAAUCCCAGUGGCUAGAUGUGCCAAGCUUAUAGAGACAUUCCCCAAGAGACUUGCAGCUGUAAUUGCUGCAAAAGGUGGCUCUACAAAGUAUUGACUUUGGGGGGGUGAAUAGUUAUGCACACUCAAGUUUUCAGUUUCUUUGUCUUAUUUCUUGUUUGUUUCACAAAGAAAAAUAUUUUGCAUCUUCAAAGUGGUAGGCAUGUUGUGUAAAUCAAAUGAUACAAACCCCCAAAAAAUCCAUUUUAAUUCCAGGUUGUAAGGCAAUAAAAUAGGAAAAAUGCCAAGGGGGGUGAAUACUUUCGCAAGCCACUGUAUGUUAUCGUAUGUAUGCAUGUGUCUGUGCCUAUGUUUGUGUCUCUUCACAGUCCCCGCUGUUCCAUAAGGUGUGUUUUUAUCUGUUUUUUAAAUCUUAUUCUACUGCUUGCAUCACUUACUUGAUGUGGAAUAGAGUUCCAUGUAGUCAUGGCUCUAUGUAUUACUGUUUGCCUCCCAUAGUCUGUUCUGGAUUUGGGGACUGUAAAGAGACCUCUGGUGGCAUGUCUUGUGUGGUAUGCAUGGGUGUCCAUGUCCAUGCUGUGUGCCAGUAGUUCAUACAGACAGCUCGGUACAUUGAACAUGGCAAUACCUCUCACAAACACAAGUAGAGAUGAAGUCAAUCUCUCCUCCACUUUGAGCCAGGAGAGAUUGACAUGCAUAUUAUUAAUGUUUGCUCUCUGUGUACAUCCAAGGGCCAGCCGUGCUGCCCUGUUCGGAGCCAAUUGCAAUUUUCCUAAAUCCCUCUUUGUGGCACCUGACCACACGACUGAACAGUAGUCCAGGUGUGACAAAACUAGAGCCUGUAGCACCUGCCUUGUUGAUAGUGCUGUUAAGAAGGUAGAGCAGCACUUUAUUAUGGACAGACUUCUCCCCAUUUUAGCUACUGUUGUAUCAAUAUGUUUUGACCAUGACAGAUUAUAAUCCAGGGUUACCCCAAGCAGUUUAGUCACCUCAACUUGCUAAAUUUCCACAUUAUUUAUUACAAUAUUUAGUUGAAGUUUAGAGUUUAGUGAAUGAUUUGUCCCAAAUACAAUGCUUUUAGUUUUUGAAAUAUUUAGGAGUAAGUUAUUCCUUGCCCCCCAUUCUGAAACUAACUGUAGCUCUUUGUUAACUGUUGCAGUAAUUUCAGUCGCUGUCGUAACUGACGUGUAUAGUGUUGAGUCAGCCGCAUACAUAGACACACUGGCUUUACUCAAAGCCAGUGGCAUGUCGUUAGUACAGAUUGAAAAACGUAAGGGGCCUAGACAGCUGCCCUGGGGAAUUCCUGAUUCUACCUGGAUUAUGUUGGAGAGGCUUCCAUUAAAGAACACCCUCUGUGUUCUGUUAGACAGGUAACUCUUUUUCCACAAUAUAGCAGGGGGUGUAAAGCCAUAACACAUACGUUUUUCCAGCAGCAGACUAUGAUCGAUAAUGUCAAAAGCCGCACUGAAGUCUAACAAAAUAGCCCCCACAAUAUUUUUAUCAUCAAUUUCUCUCAGCCAAUCAUCAGUCAUUUGUGUAAGUGCUGUGCUUGUUGAAUGUCCUUCCCUAUAAGCAAGCUGAAAGUCUGUUGUCAAUUUGUUUACUGUAAAAUAGCAUUGUAUCUGGUCAAACACCAUUUUUUCCAAAAGUGUACUAAGGGUUGGUAACAGGCUGAUUGGUCGGUUAUUUGAGCCUGUAAAGGGGGCUUUACUAUUCUUAGAUAGCGGAAUGACUUUUGCUUCCCUCCAGGCCUGAGGGCACACACUAGUAGGCUUAAAUUGAAGAUAUGGAAAAUAGUAGUGGCAAUAUCGUCCCCUAUUAUCCUCAGUAAUUUCCCAUCCAAGUUGUCAGACCCCGGUGGUUUGUCAUUGUUGAUAGAAAACAAUACUUUUUUCACCUCUUCCACACUUACUUUACGGAAUUCAAAAUUACAAUGCUUGACUUUCAUAAUUUGGUCAGAUAUACUUGGAUGUGUAGGGUUUGUUGCUGGCAUGUCAUGCCUAAGUCAAAAUCAUUAAAGUAGUUGGCAAUAUCAGUGAGUUUUGGGAUUAAUGAGCCAUCUGGUUCAGUGAAUGAUGGAGCUGAGUUUGCCUUUUUGCCCAAAAUUUGAAAGCUACCAUGGAGAGAACAAGCCUUUCACUCCUCCGAAAGAGCUGGCUGCCACCGACACAGGCCUACAGCUGCCUGUUUAACACAAUGGAAACCAAUGUAACCUGUUGUUGACCUAAUGACAGUCAUCAUCACCAAGCCCUCCUCAGAUGGACCUGAUUAACUUCAACCGCUGUUAACAAUGUGCAUAUUAUUAUAUUCCCUGCAUACGCCCAGCCUGCAAGCUACUGCUGAGGCCAGAGGCACUAUGUUUUGCCAAAUGCCCUGCUGCACAAGAUUGAUCCUCCUUCAAUCAGUCCAAGUUCCUACUGUACUCUCCUCUACAGUCUACAGACUGGGCCUGGCUGCCUCUCUGUCCUGCUCAUCUGGCACUGAAGGUGAGAGAACUGAACAGAUGGGGAAGCCUGCCCAACAGAUGGGGAAGCCAUCUCUGUAUGUGCUGCAACACACAUCUCCAACCACUAUCACACGCAGGACACAUCCCUGAGAUUUAGGGACUAGGAUAGGCUAGAACAGAGCCAGUUUGUCAAUGUUUGAUCUGUUAGGGAUGUUUAUGCCACCAUUUUUGUGGUAUGUUAAGCGCAAUUCAAAGGCAUAAUGAACAGAAGAAAAGUACUUGACAGCAAUUUGUACAAAUAUAGGUAUAAUGUCCCACUUCCCCGAAUGGGAGUUGGAGGAUUUAAUUCAGUGACUUGGCCGUGGACCAGGACAGUAAAGUGCUCUGUCCCUGCAAUGAUGCUGUUUUCAAAGAGAUGCAAUUUUAGGAGUAAGGCCGGUGGGCAGUCUACGGUAAUGACUAAAUUACCACAAUAUCUCAUGAUCCUCGAGCUUGGAAAGUAUGUAGACUAGUCGACAUGGUCCCAAAUAGAGGUCAUAUACAGUUGAAGUCAGAAGUUUACAUACACCUUAGCCAAAUACAUUUAAACUCAGUUUUUCACAAUUCCUGACAUUUAAUCAUAGUAAAAAUUCCCUGUCUUAGGUCAGUUAGGAUCACCACUUUAUUUUAAGAAUGUGAAAUGUCAAAAUAAUAGUAGAGAGAAUUAUUUAUUUAUUUCAUCACAUUCCCAGUGGGUCAGAAGUUUACAUACACUCAAUUAGUAUUUGGUAGCAUUGCCUUUAAAUUGUUUAACUUGGGUCAAACGUUUCGGGUAGCCUUCCACAAGCUUCCCACAAUAAAUUGGGUGAAUUUUGGCCCUUUCCUCCUGACAGAGCUGGUGUAACUGAGUCAGGUUUGUAGGGAUCCUUGCUCGCACACGCUUUUUCAGUUCUGCCCACACAUUUUCUAUAGGAUUGGGGUCAGGGCUUUAUGAUUGCCACUCCAAUACCUUGACUUUGUUGUCCUUAAGCCAUUUUGCCACAACUUUGGAAGUAUGCUUGGGGUCAUUGUCCAUUUGGAAGACCCAUUUGCGACCAAGCUUUAACUUCCUGACUGAUGUCUUGAGAUGUUGCUUCAAUAUAUCCACAUAAUUUUCCUUCCUCAUGAUGCCAUCUAUUUUGUGAAGUGCACCAGUCCCUCCUGCAGCAAAGCACCCCAACAGCAUGAUGCUGCCACCACCGUGCUUCAUGGGGUGGUGUUCUUCGGCUUGCAAGCAGCCCCCUUUUUCCUCCAAACAUAACGAUGGUCAUUAUGGCCAAACAGUUCUAUUUUUGUUUCAUCAGACCAGAGGACAUUUCUCAAAAAAGUAAGAUCUUUGUCCCCAUGUGCAGUGGCAAACCGUAGUCUGGCUUUUUUAUGGCGGUUUUGGAGCAAUGGCUUCUUCCUUGCAGAGCGGCCUUUCAGGUUAUGUCGAUAUAGGACUCGUUUUACUGUGGAUAUAGAUACUUUUGUACCUGUUUCCUCCAGCAUCUUCACAGGGUCCUUUGCUGUUGUUCUGGGAUUGAAUUGCACUUUUCGCACCAAAGUACGUUAAUCUCUAGGAGACAGAACACGUCUCCUUCCUGAGCGGUAUGAUGGCUGUGUGGUCCCAUGGUGUUUAUACUUGCGUACUGUUGUUUGUACAGAUGAACGUGGUACCUUCAGGCAUUUGGAAAUUGCUCCCAAGGAUGAACCAGACUUGUGGUCUACAAUUUUUUUUCUGAGUCUUGGCUGAUUUCUUUUGAUUUUCCCAUGAUGUCAAGCAAAGAGGCACUGAGUUUGAAGGUAGGCCUUGAAAUACAUCCACAGGUACACCUCCAAUUGACUCAAAUGAUGUCAAUUAGCCUAUCAGAAGCUUCUAAAGCCAUGACAUCAUUUUCUGGAAUUUUCCAAGCUGUUUAAAGGCACAGUCAACUUAGUGUAUGUAAACUUCUGACCCACUGGAAUUGUGAUACAGUGAAUUAUAAUUGAAAUAAUCUGUCUGUAAACAAUUGUUGGAAAAAUUACAUGUGUCAUGCACAAAGUAGAUGUCCUAACCGACUUGCCAAAACUAUAGUUUGUUAACAAGAAAUUUGCGGAGUGGUUGAAAAACGAGUUUUAAUGACUCCAACCUAAGUGUAUGCGACUUCAACUGCAACUGUAACACUGGUCUAAGUAGGAGAAAGAUUAGACUGAGAAGGUGGUGUCGCGUGUUAUCCUUUUACCACUGCACUGCGGGAAUAGUAGGCUGUUUUAUUUUCAGAGUAAAAGGACAGCCAUUUCUGCGAAGCAGGGUUUGGGUUUCAAGUCGACGCUCCAUUGAGAAGUUGUGGGCUGUGUACAUCCCAAAUAGUACCUUAUUCCCUUUAUAGUGCACUACCUCUGAUCAGAGCCCAAUGGGUUAAAUGUCAUGCACUACAUAGGGAGUAGGGUGCCAUUUUGGAAUUUACCGCCAGUCUGGUAUUCCAUCUCCCUUGGCAGCAGUCUGAGCCGGGGUAGUCUAACCACCCUCCUCUCAGACCUCACAUCUCAAAUGAAUAGCCUCCUCUGUAACUAGAUCACUCUCUACUUCUGUUUGUUUACAUUUCAAAAAACCAAGAGGAUCAGCUAGGCACUCGACAACCCUCCGCUAGCUAGACAGUGGGGAGUGGGGAUGACGCAUAGCUCCAUGAUACGUCAGUGGCACGCAGUGAGACUUUGCGUAAAUACCUCAAAGCAAAAAGUGUGGCUGGUGGGAGGGAGGUAGGCUGGUUUUCCUGCGGAUGAGACACAGAGACACUUGACCCCUGUGGUAGCCCCCAGACCCCAUCCUCCUCAUACCAGGCCACCUCUAGUAGCAUCUCUAGUAAGGAGGAUUCCUCUGGUGGUGGGGCUCCUAGCUAUCUGAAUAUCUGAGUCUGAAUAUAGAUGUUAAAAGAGAGACCAAAUCCUUAUGGAAUGAACACUGCUGCUGCUGAAUCGUUUAGUGGCUCAUUCUGCAUGUAACACCCCCUCCCCUCUCCCUCCAGUUUCAUUAUUUCUCAUUUGUUAUAUUAUUCCAGCUCACCAGUAGCUGGCUCCCGUAGUUGACCUGUGGUGUUAUGUCUUGUCUGUGGGAUUUGUUGCUUGCAGGAUAGUGUGGAACAGGAGCACCAGAAACAGCAUGAUGUCACUGAGGCUCCAGAGCCCACUGUAACAGGUGAGUGAUACACUUACUGUACAGUCAUACACUAUUAGGGUUUAACAAUUCUGGUAACUUUACCAACAUUCUCAGGUUUUACAGAAAUCCUAUUUGGAAUAUUCCUGGAAUCAGGAUGGAAAAAGCAAGAAAAUCUAGCAAUCCUCCAACCCUAAAAAUGUUUUGGGGAAAGUUACUAUACAUUUUGCAACCCUAACAGUAAUACACUAUCCUGGUUGACAUAACAUAUCUAUAUUGGGCCAGCUGAACACCAGAGCCCAGAGUUAAUAGAGGUGACUGGGCCCAGAUCCAUAAUAGUUUCAUGAGUUCUGGUGUUUUCCCGUAACAUGUGAACUACACUGCCCUGACAAUGACUGUCGGUCCGUUUUGAGGUAUACAUUAGUGUCCUAAGUCUAUUGACAUGCAAUGCACACUUCCUAAAAAAGACUAACCAAAAACACAGUUGCUUUUCUUUAUUAUUGUAUUGACCUGACAUAAAUGACUGAGUCCUGACAUUUCUGCUAUAUCUAGAAGUCAAUCAGAUAAAUUGAGCCUUACUACCAUCUAGUGGUUUAUUGUUACAAAAUACUUUUACUUCUAAUUUUUUACAUUUUGCAAUUACGAAUAACCAGUAGAAGCCAGUGUUGUCAAGCUCUCAUCUGCUACAAAUAUUGAAAAACAUUGCAGCUUGAGUAAGUGGAAACAGUUAAUGAAACUCAAGACACAGAUAAUCAGGUGAAAAAGAUAAUGGUCAAUAGAGUGGUAAUUGAACUCUGUCAACAGGUAUUACCUCUCCCCUCUCAAUGUCCCGUUAUCUGGGGCUUUGCGUCUGACGCUAAUUUCAAACAGGCCGACCCGGCUGUCAGUCUUCUCACCAUUUCCAGUCGGAUUGCGGGGUGUUGUUAAACUUGUCAAUCCCAUGUCAUUGUUCCCCUUUCUAAUUGACUUGAUCCAGAGUUGAGCCCUGGUGUUUCUUUCUCUGUUGCAGAGUAGAAUGAAUCCCUGGGAGGGUGUCUCAGAGCAGGGCGUGUAGCUAGCUGUCAUUCUGACAGACAUCAUUUGCAGCUUAACGCACUUUAAAUGGAGGCCUGUCACUGUAUGCAUCCCAAGGGCACCCAUAAUCCCCAUGAUGUGCACUAGUUUGGGUUUUGGUCAAAAGUAGUGCACUUAAAAUGGAAUAGAGUGCAGUUUGGGAUGCUACCACUGUCACCAAGCCACAGCAGAGAAGAGCAGCCAUCUAUAGGGGUAUUCUAAUCUCCUCUUCCUAGAAAAACUGCUCCACUACACAAGUAAUAUAUUUCCUCUUUUCUUUUAAGCAAAAUGAAAUUGGUAAGGGCCACUGUGGUGGUGGUGGCUGUAUGUCUGUCGACCAUGUGGAAGUGUGGGUUGGAAGAUGGCCCUGCCUGCCUGCUCUAGAAUAGUGUUGUAGAAAUGUGUGUGAAUGAUUUUCUCCUGGUGUCGGUUGAUUUACAGAGCUGAAGGAGGAGAGGAGAGUCAUCCAGAUGGAUCUGAAGAGGCAGAGUCUCAGUCUCAGCCUCACCUACUGUCCCUCCUCCUCCCCUGUGGAAACACGCCUGCAGAUGAGAUCCAGGUUGGCCUCCAGUCUGCUCUAUACUCUCCUUUCCAACAGAUCCAAAAUACCUGUUUUACAACUUUCUGUUCUGUGGAUUUACAGGCAUUCAGGGGCUUUCUAAGAAACCUUACGGCAUGGACAGUUCCUAUCUCGUGAAAGGAUCUUAAAGCAUCAUAGGGCUAGAUGUGUGAUCGUUAGAGUGUGAUUGAAAUUUAAAGGCAAUGUUCCCGCGUUAGUGGAGACUGCAUUCAUGGUAAACGCUUCAUGUUGGCUCAAUAGGAAAUUACCUUUUACAUUUCUAUCGCGCAAUAUGUAACACUUCAGCGAUACAGAUUGAAUAGAACCCCUACUUUAAAGGUUUAAAGGUGUUAAUGGCGUUGUUACUCUUCUCAGGUCGACAGGAUGGACAGGUUUUCCUGCGGAUGAGACCCAGAGACACUUGACCCCUGUGGUAGCCCCCAGACCCCAUCCUCCUCAUACCAGGCCACCUCUAGUAGCAUCUCUAGUAAGGAGGAUUCCUCUGUUAGACAGGAUGAGAGGCCAGCCACACAGCUCACCCAACAUCAGAGGACCCAGCCCUCUCCAACCCUCUGAAUAUGAACAGCUAAGGACUUACAGCCAGAGCUCUGAGGCUUCCCACCCCUGUAACAGAGGACCCACCACCACCCAAGACAGGGACAGCUACCGACCACCCCUGGUCGCCUCUGCCAGUACAGUAACAACCCUUGGACCAUACCUUAAUCCUGCCUCAGAACAGAGAGUAAAGGGCAGAAUUUGCAGGCGUAGUGGUCAGGCUGUGACUGAGGGAGCUCAAAGACAUGAUGACUCAUGGUCAGACACAGUAAACAGCUGGCCCAGUCUGUUCUCUGUUGGACACCGUACUCUAGGCUCCUCCACACAGCCUCCUGGGAGCAAAGGGAGCUGUGAGCAGAUGAGCCCCGUAAGCAUGUUCCACCCUGCGCCCCCCGCCAUGCAGAGGACAGCCAGUAGAGGGCAGAGUGCGGCCAGGCAC